GGCGUCUACAACCUCACCGACAACGGGCUGGGCCACGCCUUCGUGGCAGAGAUCGGCUCGCUGCGGGCGCUCAACCUGAGCCUGUGCAAGCAGCUCACAGACAGCAGCCUGGGCCGCAUCGCCCAGUACCUCAAGGGCCUCGAGGUGCUGGAGCUGGGCGGCUGCAGCAACAUCACCAACACGGGCCUGCUACUCAUCGCCUGGGGCCUGCAGCGCCUCAAGAGCCUCAACCUGCGCUCCUGCCGCCACCUCUCUGAUGUGGGCAUUGGGCACCUGGCAGGCAUGACUCGAAGCGCAGCGGAGGGUUGCCUGGGCCUGGAGCAGCUCACACUGCAGGACUGCCAAAAGCUCAGCGACCUCUCGCUAAAGCACCUGGCCCGAGGGCUGGGACGCCUCCGCCAGCUCAACCUUAGCUUCUGUGGGGGCAUUUCAGACGCAGGGCUGCUGCACCUGUCGCACAUGAGCAGCCUGCGCAGCCUCAACCUGCGCUCUUGCGACAACAUCAGCGACACAGGCAUCAUGCAUCUGGCUAUGGGCAGCCUGCGUCUUUCUGGCCUCGAUGUCUCCUUCUGUGACAAGGUGGGGGACCAGAGCCUAGCCUAUAUCGCACAGGGCCUGGAUGGGCUACGUUCCCUCUCCCUCUGCUCCUGCCACAUCAGCGACGAGGGCAUCAACCGUAUGGUGCGCCAGAUGCAUGGUCUCCGCACGCUCAACAUUGGCCAGUGUGUCCGUAUCACUGACAAGGGCCUGGAGCUCAUUGCGGAGCACCUCAGUCAGCUCACAGGCAUUGAUCUCUAUGGCUGCACCCGCAUCACUAAGCGGGGCUUGGAGCGCAUCACCCAGCUGCCCUGUCUUAAGGUGCUCAACCUGGGACUUUGGCAAAUGACUGAGAGCGAGAAGGUCAGGUGAGAGGAGGGGCUAUCUGGAGACCUCCAUCCCCUCUGGAGGGACUCGCUGACUGAGACUGCUGCAGUGGAGGAGAUGCAGUGAGAGUGGAGGGGGGGGCAUAUACAGAGCCAUGCUACCCACCCACUCCAGCACUGGAAGGAGGGAGGGAUAGAGAGAGACCACCCCAUUCCUUACAUGUCCCUAUUCACCUCUGCACUGGCUGAGGCAAGAGAGGGAAGAGAGAGUGCCCCUAUUUCUUCUGUGUCAUCCUUAGCCCUCCAUUAAGAAUACAGUACCCCCCUUCCUCAGUCUUCUUUGCAGUGGGGAUAGAGGGUCACAACUUUAUGCACUGGGGCUGGAGAUACCCCUCCCACUGUAACUUUUAUUCUACCCCGAUGCACUAGGGAUGGGUGAAGGUGGUCCCCCUAUUUUUAUUCACCUCCAGUCCUGCUCAGUUUGGGGAAUAGGGAUUUUCUCUAAAGGGGUGGAAAUGGACAUGGUAACAGCUUCUUCCUCUCCCUCACCAAGCUUCUUAGCUGAAUGUUCCAUACACACUAACACCAGUCCUUCACUGCUACAGAGACAGUCCCUCAUCAUACCAUUCCACUUCCCCCCCCCCCCAUCCCAACUGGGGAUUGUGAC